GGAACGGUAGGUGAAGCUGGAGGAGCACAAGGUACUACGGUCAUCACAGAUCUCUUAAUCUCCAUGUUGGGGUUGUUCGUUUGGUGGGUUUCGAUGGAUGGGAAGUCUGGUGUUGAAGAUCAAAACAUCGAGUUUCUGCGCCGUUUGUAUCUCUCUUCCGAUGCCUUGAUUAUCGAAAAUGUAUGUGAGUUGUUUUCACUUGACAGUUAUUGGACUCGAUGUUGUACCUUGGGUGACAGACUUGCAGUAGGGCUUCAGAUAGAAUUCGAUCGAAGACACAUGUAUGCCCACCCUGUCGUCCCACUCACGAUAGAGCUUCGAACAAAGUCGGAGGACAUAGUCUCUGUAUCGUAG